AUGCUGAAGUUGGGGACGAUAGCAGAGCAACUCAUCAAAACUGAAAGCACUGCUCCAGAUGGAAAAGAUGCGACGGCAUAUAAUCAGUUGGAACGACUGGCGCUCUCGAUCGAUGCCCCGGGACGAAGCCUGGGCCAUGGAGCUUCAAGAAAUGGCCGUGUGCGGGUAGAAAUCCGGGACUGUCAAUGGUGGAUUCGUCAGUUGGUAUCAUCCAUGAUCGAGAAGGAUAUGGUCACUAGUGAGGCUCAGCAGGUGCUUGAUGAAGCGCCGAAGCACUGA